GGACGGUGCUCCAGGGUGGGAGUCACCCUCCUGAAGGGGAGCAGGGCUUUCACUAGCAAGUGUGCUGCUUGUUUUAAUUUUAAAAUACUUGUUAACUCAUUUUAAAAACAGCUAUAGCCCUGGCUGGUAUGGCUCAGUGGUUGAGCGCCAACCUGAUAUCCAAAGGGUCACUGGUCCAGUUCCAGGUCAGGGCAGAUGCCUGGGCUGCCGGCCGGGUUCCCUGGCUGUGGGUUUGGGAGACACAGCCCGGCAUGACACCCCCACCCGCCGUGAGCUCCCACUACUGGAUGCCUGGGAUCGUGGGGACGCCAGCCGCACCUGCGGCCUCUCCCAUGGAAGGGCCACGCCUGCUGUGCAGCCUCAGGGGGGUGGCAAGGGGCGCCUGGCAGUGUUCCCUGGGCAAAGCAGGGCUUUCCAUCCCCUCGAACCCUCCACAGGACCCUGUCCCCAGCCCUGACCCCUCCCUCUCCGGGCAGAGGCACGCACACUACCACCUGCGGGUCACAACAAGCUGGGUGCUUCAGGCCAGUGUCCCAGGAGGGGAGGUGGAGCUGCGCCCCACCCUCCUGCACCCCGUCCAUAGUUGCAGGGAGACCCAGCUGGGACAUGCAUCAUGUGGCCGGCCACAGAGGUGACAGGGUGACAACAGGCGCCUUCCUCCCGCCCUCAGCCACGGAGCUGGUGGACGCCACACCCAUGCGGACUGGCUCCAGCAGCAGCCGGCGUCCCAAGGAGCCGAAGCCCAGCCGUCCCGGGGUUGUGCGCAGGCCGUCCAACAGCACCCCUGACUCGGUGCUGGGGCCACAGAGCUGGCCCGUGGUGUCCUCUGCCCCCAGCACGAGGAGGUCAGCACCCAGGGUGCCCGGGGCGGCCCCUCCAUCGCCAUGGCCUCUCCCAGGCCCACCCCCCACCCCCUGCACUGCCAGCAGCACCCUACCCCUGUUCCCACCCUGUGCUGGAGAAGCCCAAACAGGUCCCAGAUGGGGUGUUUUGAAGAUUUUGUUGACUUAUUUUUAGAGAGAGGGGAGGGGAGAGCGAGAGAAACCUCCAUGCGUUGCUUCUCAUAGGCGUCCAGACCAGACUUGGGUCCGACUCACCGCCCAGACUCGCCCAGGGGCCCUGCGUGGGCACAGUGAGACCUGCACAAGGGCUGGGGAGGGGGAAGGGAGGGGGGCCUCUGGGCAGGAAAAAGCCCCAGGACCCGCCCCAGCCCUGAAUGAGCCACAAGAAUGGUCCCGAGUGACAGGGUCAGGAAGCGGCCGUUACACUGCAGGCUGCCCUGCACUGUCUUCUCCUGUCACCUGACAAUCCUGGGUUUUUCCUCCUUCUCAUACCCGUGAAAUCACCAGGUUUGAAAACCGCAGUAAAUCGACACUUCCUAAAAGUCGGAACUACCCUGAAGGGAGGGGCCCCCAGCAUGUCCAGCACCAAAGCACCCUGCUCAGGGCUCUGCUUCAGGAAGCUUCCACCUUCUUGCCUUGAGACCACACUAGCUCCCCAAAGCCAGACAUGAUGAAGAGGGAACAUGAGAUGGCGAACUGGGGGACUCCCCAGGGCCCAGGACCCGUGGUGUCCACCGUGGUCAACAUCCAGCCUGAGACCAUCGUGCCGGACCACAUCGUCUGGUCCCUGUUCAACUCCAUCUAUUGCAACACAUGCUGCCUGGGCUUCGUGGCGUUCGCCUACUCUGUGAAGUCUAGGGACCGGAAGAUGAUGCAGGAUAUGGUUGGUGCCAAGAGUUACUCAUCCACCGCCAAGUGCCUGAACAUUGUGGCCCUGGUCUUUAGCCUCACUCUGUUCAUCAUUUUAAUUGUAAUUAAGUUAACGAUCGGAAUGUAACUAUUCGGUACAGUUAGGAGGUCACAAAGACUUAGGUUUCUGGAGGCUGCCCAUAGCCUGAGGCUGUCACCUCUUCACAGCUGUUCCUACCCACGUGUGUCCCCAACUGAAGGCAAUAAAGGACACACACCUGACAACGUUGUGCUUUCACCUGGGGAGGGUCCCGUGAGAGCCCCCUUCUGCCCCUGGGGCUGAGUCCACCCCACACCCCAUCCCACCUGCUUGCUGGCUUGGCGGUGGGGUGGAGCUUGUCCUUGGGCCUUACCUGCACCUGGCCCCCAGCUGGGGCAACAGAGGGAACAGUUAGGGGUGGGGGGUCUCUCCUUCCCAGAGGUCUGAGCCCCGACCCAGGAUGGGAGCAAUUGAGGUACGGAGGCCCUGGUCCAGAGGACCCUCAGCCCCUAGGCCCCCAUCAGCUCCAGAAGACUUCAGGGGACAGGACUCCGGGAGUCCACAGGCCACCUGGCGAGGCAGCCCCAGGUUUCCCUGCUCUUCAGGUGGAAGAGAAACCCAGCCCUGACCUGGAAGUAAGCUCCAAACCUGGUUCUCUCAAGGCUUCCAGAUAUCGUACACUAAGAGGUGGCCCAGGGCAGACCCAGGGGAUACCAGCAGCAGACGGGCGUUAGGAGCUGGGCCCACCCAGACUGCCCCUUCCUCCCUGUGCCGAGUCCCAGCUGUGGACCCUCCACACCCUCACCCCCACCUCCUUUCUGCCCCAAACAGCUGCUCACUAACUCUCGGAGGUGCCUGGCGGGUUGGGGACCUGUGGAUAAGCCACAGGAUCUCAGGCUGUCCCCGGGGUCCCACGUCUGAGCAGGAGAGGGGUCGGGCCCAGGGAAGACCAUCCUGCGCAGGGGACGCUGUCAGACCAGCCUCUCUGGAUCCAGAAAAGACUCGGAGAAAGGUGUGGAGGGGCUCGCUGGAGACUGACAAGAGACCGGCAGGGACAAUACUGGUGAAUCCUGUCCCUUGGGUCUGGCCCCGCCCACACGCUUGCCACGCCCAUUUCCGUCCCGCCCACCCGCUAGGCCCCUCCCCUCCUGGCCCACCGUGGGGUCACACAACCCUCUGCACCCGGGCUGGAGUCCACCCCACCUAGCAUCCUAGAAACGCCCACCUGGGUGAAGGGGACCGCCCUCCGCCCACAUUCCAGGAGGAGAUGCUAGGGCAGCUCCAGGACU